AGCACGACGCUCUCUCGCAUUGGCCUCUAUGGUUGGAGGCCACUUCCUCUUCAGGCGGAGAAGGCAGCGGCCCACGUGGGUGGCCAGGUUGAGAGAAAGGCAUAUUGAAUGUCAGAGAUGGCACUUCUCCUGUCUUUUAAAUCUGGCCUCUGGGACGCCGUGAGACUGCCCUGCGCCUUUGGAACCAUCCGACACCUCUCCACUCGCAGAAAACCUCAGGCGGGGGAGCGUGAGCUUCCUGGUGGGGUGAGCGGCCGAGUGAUUCCCGAUCAUGGGCUUGAAACAGCCAAGGACCAGAGUGAGGCCCAGUUACGUAAACCCUGGAAGGGUCGUGUCCUUCGGAACGAGUUCUGGCGGCAAUUUCGCGCGCAGACCACGCCGCCUGACAGGGAGGAGCUCAAGAACUUGAGGAACGACGAUUUCCCCGAGAGGAAGAGGAGCCCCACGCAGAAACCCCUCCCCGUCGAAAGGACCAAAGGCUCAGAGAUCUUGUUUGGGGUUGCUCCCUGCUCCUUGGCUCUGGCCAGGUCCAGGAGGAACUUUAUCCAACUCUUCCUCAAGGCUGGCAAGGGCACUCCAUCGCCUGCGCUGGAAGAAUUCUCCCGGCGCGCCAAGGACCGGGGGAUUCCGGUGAAGCUGGUUCAAAGGAAGGUUCUAGAUGCCCUCUGCAAAGGCGGUGUCCACCAGGGCGUGUGCCUAGAAGCCACGCCCCUCCGCCCCAUUGGCUGGCAGGAGGCGCCGCCCCCUGAGGCAGAGGGAGGGGCCGCUUGCGUGGGGUCGCAGCUCCUUUGGCUGGCUUUGGAGGGGAUACAGGACCCCAUGAACCUGGGAGCCGUCCUGCGGUCUGCUCACUUCCUGGGCGUCGACAGGAUUGUGAUAAGUCAACGGAACAGCUGUCCCCUGACACCUGUGGUCAGCAAAGCCAGCUCAGGGGCCAUGGAGGUUCUGGAUGUAUUUAGCACAGAUGAUCUUCAGAGCCUUCUUAAGGCAAAAUCAGAGCAAGGAUGGGAAGUCCUUGGAACAGCUGCCCAAACCAAGGACCUGGAUUCUGUGCCCACCAUGAGUUGCUUAGAUUUCCGCUGGAAGAGACCCACCAUACUGCUGCUAGGAAAUGAAGGUUAUGGCCUUUCUCCAGAGACUAGAAGCUUGUGCCAAAGGAUGUUGACCAUUUCCCCAGGGCGAGAGCUGCCGCCUGGGAUCGAAUCCUUAAAUGUGUCUGUUGCAGCUGGAAUCCUCUUGCACUCGAUCUGCAGCCAAAGAGAGAGAGACCUGUGAUGCUUCUAUAAGA